AUGAGAUGGAAUGAAACUAAUUUUGUUCGACACAUCUCAUCAACGUCGGAAUCCCGUGAUAAAUUGGCAACAAAAAUGGAAGCGAAAAAUGAAUGGAAUCGAGCAUUGAGUGAAGCUGAGAAAAUUGUUGGAUAUCAAACAUCUUUCUUAAGUCUUCGAUACUUAUUAAGCGAUGAAAUCACAAAUUUGGCUCUUCACAUGAGAAAGUUAAUUGGAAGUGCACAUCCACUGGUAGGCACAACAAAAUCUCUUAUUUAUGGACAACAUAAUAUGCAAACGUGGGGCUUAAUAGUGUUGCUUGUGUCAAAGGCAGCCGGUCACGCUAAAAACGUGCCUGAAAUGGAACAAGACAAAAGUGCUGGUGUUCUGAUAUCACAAAGGAAACUUGCCGAAGUUGUCGAAAUGAUAAGAACAGCAAAUAUCAUUCAUCAAGGAGUCUUCAACUUACAAAAUAUUAAAGAUUCUGGGAAUAAUUUGUCAUCAGAUUCUGACAUGAUUUUCGGGAAUAAAAUUGCUUUAUUGGGUGGCGAUUACCUCUUAGGAAGUGCAUGCGCUCAAAUUGGGAGAUUAAAGAAUCAGGAACUGAAUGAAUUGAUCUGUACAGCUUUCCGCGAUAUGGCUGACUCUCAUUUCAUCGGCGACCGUGAUAUCCAGAAUAAUCCGCUUCCUUCUAAUCCUUUGAAGAAAAUUAAAGAUCAGAAUGAAAAGAAUGUUUAUGAAAUUUGUUCAGAUCAAAUAGAUAACCGAAGGCCAUUCAGUAUAAAAGAUGUAAUGGGAAGCCCCGAAAAUGAAUGGACAUUGCGUCACACAUUAGCUGAAGGAACGCUUUUAGGCAAAAGUUGUCAAAGUGCUUUAUUAUUAGCAAAACAGCCUGAAGAAUUUCAAAAGCAAGCUUAUUUCUUCGGAAAGCACCUUUCACUUGCGUGGCAAGCUCGCAUGGACCUUGAACCUUUCCGUCUUCAAGAGAUUCCUAAAGACAUAAAAAUAAGCUUAAUAAGUGCGCCAGUUUUAUUUCAUCUCGAAUAUGAUCCAUUGCUAUACAAUGAAAUUCGAAAAGGUUCAGAGUCGGUCGACAACAUUAACUAUCAAUUCAUACACCAAGAAAUCCUUGAAGGACCAGGUAUUGAGAAAACACGAGAGUUGCAGAGUAAACAUACACUUCUAGCCAUGACUGAACUUUAUAAAUUCCCUCCUAGCGACGCUCGAACCGCUCUCGAAAAUAUUAUCAUGGCGAUGCAAGAUAACUAA